AUGGCGUGUUCAAAGUUAUUUUCAGGAGAAUUACCUGAAUUAAUAGACGAAGUUAUACAAUAUUUUCGUUAUGACCAUAAAACAUUACGUUCAUGUAUAUUAGUUAAUAGAUUAUGGUGUCGUUUAGCAAUCCCAUUAUUAUGGGAAGAUCCAUUUUCAAUUAAAUUUCCUAAAAAUUAUCAAUUUAUUGAAAUUUAUUUACGCAAUUUAAAUGAUGAUUAUAAAACAAAAUUAAAUGAAUACGUAGUUCAUAAUGACUUAUUUCCUUCAAAUACAUUAUUUAAUUAUCCUAGUUUCAUUCAACGUUUAGAUGUAUCAAAAGUUUGUAAUUCUAUUGAAAAAUGGAUUGCAACUGUUGAAUCUUCAACAACUGAAAAGCAAUAUUCUAGCUAUUCCAUACGAGAUACAAUUUUAUUAUAUUCACUUAUAGAAUUAAUUUAUAAGUCAUUAUUUCUAAUAUUCAUUGAGAACGAAGUAAAUUUGCAUAGUUUUGAAGUUACAAUGACUACAGAUCACUUUUAUUUGAUUAUUGAAUUAAUUUUACAAAAUCCGAAUUUCAUUUGUAAUAUUAAACAUCUUAAAAUUAAUGUUUAUAAAAUAACCAAUAACAUGACAAAUUUUCUAAAUUUUAUUUACUCUAAUUGUAAUUCAAUUUCAUCACUUUAUAUUCUAUUUAUACCAACAUAUUAUGAAAAAAGUUUAUCACAAAUAAUUAAAUCUAAAGAGAAUCUUAAAAAGCUUUCCUUUACUCAUAAUUAUUCUCCCUCAUACGAUUUAUUAUUAUCAUUAAAAAAUUAUAAUUGUUCAAAUACUUUAAACACAAUUAUAUUUCAUAAUAUUGAUUUUAAUUAUAUAAGUAUUUUAGCUGAAAUCUUCAAUCAAUUAAAUGUUUUAGAAUCAAUUCAUAUUAUUUAUUGUCAUUCUUUAGAUUCUAAGUUUAUUCAACAAAUUAUUAAUAUUACCAAACCUUUUAAAUUAAAAUCUUUAUUUCUUCAUAAUGAAUUGCAAAUUGAAUCCUUAAAAUUCUUAAUACAAAAAUCUGGAAAUUAUUUAGAAAAUUUUGGAAUUGCAGACAAUAUAUCACAACAAAUAUUACAUUUAAUUGUGAAAUAUUGUAGUAAGAUUAAAUAUUUGGGUCCUGUUUGGUCAUAUAAUGAGAGUGUUAAUAUAUUACUUAGUUUAAUUGAAAACAUUACACAAAAUCUUAAUUAUCUUACAAUUAAUGACCGUGGUACUUCAAUUUUAUUACAAAAUUUGGGACAAAUUCUUCCUUUUAAAUUGGAAUAUUUGAAUCUGGGUCUUUCAGCUAAAACAAGUGAUUUAGAAGUAUUCUUGAAAAAUUCUCAAAAUACUUUUAUUAAAAAAUUGUUAAUUAAAAAUAACAAGAAAGAAGAAAGUCAAGAUAUUUUUCCUUCUAUAAAAGAAUAUAUUAUGAAAAAGAAAAGAGUUAAAUAUUUAGCUAUUUUAGAAACUUGUAAUGGAAAAAGUGAAGAUUUGUUUUCUCAGAAGGAUAAAGUAAAGGAAUUUCAAUUAUAUGAUAUUCAAGUUUCAAAUUAUGAUGAUUUGUUUAUAAAUGUUUAUGAUUUUAUAAAUGAAAUUGAUUAA